UUUCGCAUCACGUAGUACGGUCCAAAAUCUGCGCUACCAAAUAGUAUCUGUGACCAUUUGUGACUGAUCUCGGACUAACCGCUCUUUAGCAGCUCUAGCCUUCCCGAGUGAUCCAGACCGCUAGAUCGCUCAACUCCUUUAACUUUGCGAACUGCCUGCACCUUCACUUCCUCCCACCCUUCCUGGUUUCACACAAAAUGUUGAGGGGACGGUUUCUGCGUCGGGCUCCUCGCUGGUCCCUCACGCACCAGCCGCAAAACACCCAGGCCUUUCCGGAUUGCAUUAGACGAUUCACGAGUUCAGCAUCUCGCUUCACUCCUGGAUUUUCGUCGUCCAAGAACGUUCAGGAUCAUGAUGCUGCCUCCACCGCGGCAGCCCCAGGAAAGAGCGGGGCCCACGAAGGUCAAUAUGCGAGGACAGAUAACUCCGUUCGAGUCGAGUAUCCUGACCAGAAAGAACUUCCACCUUCACGACCCGUGCAAGGACGAGGGGGUCUGCAUUACAAGCGGACGCUGGCUUCUUUCUCGCUCGAGGGCCGUGUUGGUGUUGUUACAGGCGGAGCGAGAGGAUUGGGUCUCGUCAUGGCCCAGGCACUGGUCACAAGCGGUGCGGAUGUCGCACUCGUGGAUUUGAACAAAGAAGAGGCAGAAAGGUCUGCCCAAGAGCUCGUCAAAAACUUCGAGGCAGAGAAUCCGGAUUCAGAAAAACUACCAAAAGUAACGGCUCAUUAUGCCGAUGUGUCCGAUCCCGCAUCAGUUGACCAAUCUCUGCAAGAAAUCCUGAAAGAGCACGGCAAAGUGGAUAACUUGGUGACAUCUGCAGGGUUCACUGAGAACUUCGAUGCCAUAUCGUAUCCUUACGAUCGAAUGAAAAAGCUCUGGGGCGUUAACGUUGACGGUACCUAUUUGUAUGCGGUUGCAGUAGCAAAGCACCUCAUGGAGAGGAAAGCACCUGGAAGUAUUGUCAUGAUUGGUAGCAUGUCUGGGGCCAUUGUCAAUGUCCCGCAACCUCAAGCGCCAUACAAUGCUUCCAAAGCUGCAGUGAGGCAUCUUGCCUCCAGCUUAGCAGUGGAAUGGGCCAGUGCCGGUAUUCGGGUCAACUGCAUUUCUCCUGGCUAUAUGUUAACAGCGCUUACGAAGAAAAUCCUCGAUGAUAAUCCUGAGCUCCAGAAGAAGUGGACCUCCUUGAUCCCAGUAGGUAAAAUGGGGCGUCCGGAAGACCUGAUGGGUGCAGUCACUUUCCUCGCUAGUGAUGCCAGUCUCUAUGUUACGGGUGCUGAUCUCAGAGUCGACGGCGCUUAUACUUGCACUUGAAGAGUGAGAUUCUGCUGCAGCGUACAACCCGUGGGGCGAAGCGAAGCACCGCCGUGGUCCCCGGUGGUUGACUUUUUGUGGAGAAGUAGGCCAAGUCGUCGUCACCGUGGUUACAGAGAGAUGGUCUGCGGGGUGAGCAUGGCGUGCUAUGGGAACUUACGCUGUUUCUCCUGCCUGAAGAAAUAUGUCACCCCAGAUUCUAUUGAAGAGAAGGAAUACCUGUUGAUUGCAGCGUCCAGUUAAGAUGCAUGUAGGCAUAUACCCCUGGGUCACUGUUCAAGUUUCCACAUUGUUUUUUGUUUUUUUUUUCUUUUUUUGUAGUGCAGCCGCAUAUCAUUCCGCGCUCAUCUGUCAAAGCGUACAUUAUAAACUUUCUCCGAGCAGAGGUCUGAUGAAAAGAAUAUAGCUGAGCAG